CUGUUCCCACAACCAGUUUCAAGCCAUCCACCGAGCGGAGGAGUCGUCGCCAACCGCCAUUCCCCAAAUCGCCUCAAAGUCGCUCUUUCCCAUCCACGCGCCCCCUCCUACUACUAAUUCCCAACUGCUAAAGUUUCUGUGCAGUCAAGUGCAACCAAAAUAAGUUUAGCUAAGCUAAGCUUGUUUUUGUUUUGUUUUGUUUUGCAAAAAAAAAACCACAACUUAGAGGCAAUUUACAUACACUGAAGCUGGGAAAAGAAAACCGCCAAAAUUGGUUACCUAACGAAAACUUCGUUUGUGCUACGGGACGGCAAACUUAGCAUCUCGAUCCUCCGCAUCAUCUCCUCUCCCAAAUCCUUUUGCAUCAUUAUCCCUGCAUAAAAAAUACCUUUUGGGAUUCGUCACCUAUAAAAAAAAGAAGACGAUAUGGGCUUCAGUUCCCGUAUGGACUGCUGCGGGCAGUUUGUCAAGUACAGUCUGUUUAUAGCCAAUUUUGUUAUAUUUGUUGGUGGAGCCAUCGUCUUCUGCCUGACAUUAUGGACUCUGGUGGAUCGUAGUUUCGUGAAUGAAUUGCUUGGAACAAAUCUCUUCUCGGGAGCUGUCUAUGUGCUGCUGGUUACCUCGAUCAUCAUCUGCCUGGUGUCCUUUUUGGGUUGUGUAGGUGCUGGAAAAGAGGUCAAAUGUCUGCUUUUAACGUAUUUCAUAAUCGUGGCACUGGUUUUCGUCACCAUGCUAAUUGGCGGCGUCUUGGGUUAUGUGUUUCGUGAGCGAGUGCAACAGACUAUGCGGCAGGAAAUGAGAUCCACUAUGGCUUUGUAUGGCAGCCGGAGGGAGAUUACCCAGGCCUGGGAUCUCACCCAGGAGCGUCUGCAGUGCUGCGGUGUGGAUACGUGGCACGAUUGGAACCGCUAUGGACCCGUGCCCGAGUCCUGCUGCCAGGAGCUGUUUGGAGGACAGCGCAAGGAGUGCACCAUCUUUCCCACCAUCACGAAUCUGUACAACCAGGGCUGUCUCUAUGUGACGACCAACUUCAUCAGGGAUCAUGCGGCGGUUAUAGGAGGCACUUCUAUAGCGGUGGCCAUUCUUAUGAUCUUUGGCAUGAUAUUCUCCUGUCUACUAUUCAAUAUGAUCGAAUAGCGCCAAAGAGCAGGGGAAUCCGCUGGCCAGGCAGAAAAGGCGGCCACUCACGAUGUCCAAAGUCCCGAGGAGACCCAUUUUUGAAUGUUUCACUUCCGCUGGAGUUGUCUUAAGAGUAUUAUCCGAGUGUACGAUAUAUAAGGUUGACCCUAAGCUGGCCAACUGUCUGUUUGUAUUAUGUAUGUAUAUACGUGAUUAGAUACGCCUAUCUAGUGAGUAUUCAUGUUGAGUAACCGAUCGUAUUGUUAUCAUCUGUUGCAUAAUCUUGUAUUAUUUUUAUAUAAAUCUGUAAAAUUAGACAUAAGGUCCCAUAAUCAAUACCCCAAAUGCAAUUGUUAGUUUUAAGUGAGCAUUUUCAUUGCUUCUAGAGAAUAUAGAUUUCUGUCCAUUGUUGUUUCUAAUAAAAUUAGUUGAAAACUUGUGAAUUGGAGAUUUAUGAUUUGAAAUAAUAAAGUAACGUCUAAAGGAGGACCUAUACAAGUCA